AUGAACCCACUCCUGCACCUGACAGCUCACCUGUACUCCGCAGAUCUCUCCGAAAAUCCAUCGUCUGACGGACACACUUACACGAAGCUUCGCAAGUGUCCUGCAGACGGAGAUCAAGCGGCACAAGAGUACGCAGUACUAUCACGGGCAAAACGGAGAGGUUUGAAGGCAUUAUAUUGGCAGCCAGAAGUUGGCGAUGCUCUAAACGCCUUGGCUGUAUUUCCAGGGAUUAUGCACGACCUUUGUCUCACUGACUGGCCAACGGAAAUCGACCCUCAUCUCCAAAGACAAGUCGUUGCACACCUCAACCAUGUACACGCUGUUUGGUGGUAUAUUACUGGAGGUGACCCUGUCCUCCAGCAAAGCGCUGACAUCACUACGGUGAGAGCGUUAGAGGGCCGUGCUCCUGCAUGGAGUCGGUCGGACUGUGCUGGGGUCCGCGAGGCCUUCAAAAGUGAGAUUGCCUUCCGCGGAAUAACCGAUCCAAAGAGACGUCGCGCAAUGAUGCAAAGAACUUGCAAUCUACUCGUCAUGAUACCAAGCUUGAGAUCUUUUCACGAGAACAUGAGGCACCUUUGUGUCAUUGAUCGGAUACUCCGAACGUACCUAAUUCCCCAUGACUUGGAUGAACCUGCCGAAGAAACGGACCGGUCGCUUCGCUGGAAGUUGAGGCGGUUUUGGACGAGGCCAGCGCCGUACUCAGAAGUCCGGGAAGGGGAAUUUCAACUGACUGCGGGUCGAUCUUCGUUCAACCAGGCAUACAAGCAGCUGGUCUUAGCUGCGCUUCGUCACUUCCCAUCAUUAGAACAACCCGCCCACCCUGAUUAUGUGUGCUGUUUUCAGCAGCGGGCAUAUAUCCUUGGCUUUCGCAACAAGUGUACUGAUGAGGCGAUGUGUAGAACGCUUCCGUUUCCGUCGCAAGGCACGGCACCCGUGAAAAACCGAUUGGACGAGCCCAUGCUCUUAGAGCCAGUCCACCUACGAUGGGGGCGUCCGAGUACCAAGCUCCUCAAAUUAGUACAGGCGUCCGCAUUUCUAGAGGGAAAGACCCAUACCAUCCGCAACGAAGAAGGACUAACUGUUCGAUUUUUGUUGAAUGACUUUUUCGAUCGUUUUCUUUGUCGCGUGUUCGAUAUUGAUAGGGAUGUUUCUCUCAUAAGCAGGAGGAUGAGCACAGCCUGUCGAUACCGGGGCUCAAUCGGUCCACGGCGUCAUAUACACACAAGAGGUAAGAAGUUUCGUCUCAUUUAG